AAUGAGCUGCAGAGAGUUGCGCUCACCUCUCAGAGCAGAGUCCCAGCCAAGCCCAGGAGCGGAGAGAGAGGAAGGACAAGUUUUCCAAAUGGAUUUCUUUCGUGGAGUCAAACCAUUAUUAUUUUCAUAUGUACUCAUUAACGGCAUAUUAAUUACAUUACAGACUAAAGAAGAGGUGCUUUUGGAUAUGAAGGCAACAGGAGGUGAACUGGGCUGGUUGACAUGGCCCGUAGAUCAGGGAGACAAGCCCGGGUGGGAGGUCGUCCAGAGGACCCUGAACGGCUCUCAGUUCUAUACCUACUCCGUCUGCAAUGUUGGGGAACGUGAGCAGGACAACUGGCUGCGCACAACCUUCAUCCAGCGGCGUCCAUCGGCUUCGCGGGUUUUUGUUGAACUCCAGUUUAUUGUACGCGACUGCAACUCUUUUGAUGGCACCUCGCUGACCUGCAAGGAAACCUUCAACCUCUUCACGUCUGAGUCAGACGCAGACGUGGGCACUACCUUCCGCAAGGGCCAGUUUAAGAAAGUGGCCACCAUAGCGCCUGACGAGAUCACCAGCAAAAAUGAACUGCGCAUCAACACUGAGACGCGAGUGGUGGAGAACUUGUCUCGAAAAGGCUUCUACUUGGCUUUUCAAGACAUCGGAGCCUGCGUCGCUCUUCUCUCUGUCAGGGUCUACUACAAAAGUUGCCCAGCCACAGUGCAGAGCCUUGCGUCGUUCCCUGAGACUGUGGCCGGAGGUGAGAACCAGGCGCUGAGGGAAGUAAGCGGGGUGUGCGUGAAUAACGCCGUCAGCGAGGAGUUGCCUCGCAUCUACUGCACUGUGGAUGGCGAGUGGGUGGUACCAGUUGGACAGUGCCAGUGCAAACCAGGCUAUGAAGAAGUUAAAGACGCGUGUCAAGAAUGUCAGCCUGGCUUCUUCAAAGCCACAGCAUCCGCUGACAAGUGUGAGCCAUGUCCUGCUAACACCCAGAGGCUGGAUUCUGGGGCUUUGUUUUGUCCCUGCAUGGAUGACUUCUACCGGGCCCCAACUGACCCCCCUACUGGACCCUGCUCAGGCCUCCCCUCUGCCCCACGAGACCUUGUGGCCACCACCACCCAGCUCUCUGCAGGAAAACUCCUCCUCUCUUGGAGCCCGCCUGAAGACACCGGAGGUCGAGCCGACAUCACCUACAGCAUUGAUUGCCAGCGCUGCGAGGGCAUUGUGUGCCAGACCUGUGGAGAGAAAAUUCGCUAUGAGCCAGCCAGCGCGGGCCUGACUGACACCAAGGUUUCAGUGAGCGAGUUGGACGCUCACCUCAACUACACCUUCACAGUGGAGGCACAUAGCGGUGUGUCGCUGUUCGCUAGUCAGGCAGCGCCCCGGGCUAAUAGACCACCAUCCACCAGUGCUCUGACUACAUCUCUGCACUACACAGAUCCCCCCAAGAUUACCACGAUGCGACUGGUUGAGAGGACCACCACCAGCUUGUCCCUUUCCUGGGACAUAUCCCCCCGACCACGAGUCCAGCCACAGCCCAUACGCUAUGAACUUACCUACCGCAAGAAGGAUGAUAACCUGGAUGUGACUACCUACAUCGUGCUCAUACUUGAGAAGAAUUUUGUACAGAUCCACAAUCUGGCCCCGGGCACAGCCUACCUGUUCAGGGUGCAGGCCCUCAGCAGCGAUGGUAGCCCUGGAGGCUCUAGCAUGGAGGAACAGUUUGAGACCUUGCCUGAAGAACUCCUUACUCAAAAUAACACAGCAGUCAUCUUCGGCGCAGCAGUUGGAGGAGCGGCCAUGUUGUUCAUAGUCGUUGUGGUCCUGUUCCUACGCAGACGGAAAAGAAACUCACACACCAGACAAGGACCAGAGGACACCUACUUCUCCAGCUCAGAGCAACUGAAACCUCUGAAGACCUACGUAGAUCCACAUACAUACGAGGACCCCAACACAGCCAUCAUGAAGUUUGCAACUGAAAUCCACCCCAGCCACAUAACCAAACAGAAAGUCAUUGGAGCUGGGGAGUUCGGUGAGGUGUACCGCGGUAUUCUGAAGGUGCCGGGGAGGAAAGAGGUGGCGGUGGCUAUCAAGACGUUGAAGCCGGGCUACACAGAGAAACAGAGGCAGGACUUUCUAAGUGAGGCCUCCAUCAUGGGACAGUUUUCCCACCAGAACAUCAUUCGACUGGAGGGUGUGGUCACCAAAUGUAAGGACUUCUUCAAACAUGCCAUGAUUGUGACUGAAUACAUGGAGAAUGGAGCACUGGACAGGUACCUAAGGGACCACGAUGGAGAGUUUGCCUCCUUUCAGCUGGUGGGCAUGCUGCGUGGCAUUGCUGCAGGCAUGAAGUACCUCUCUGAUAUGAGCUACGUCCACCGCGACCUAGCUGCCCGCAACAUCCUUGUCAACAACACCCUGGAGUGUAAAGUGUCAGACUUCGGCCUCUCCAGGGUGCUAGAGGACGACCCUGAGGGGACAUACACAACAAGUGGAGGUAAGAUCCCCAUUCGCUGGACAGCUCCAGAGGCAAUAGCAUACAGGAAGUUCACCUCAGCUAGCGAUGUGUGGAGUUUUGGCAUCGUCAUGUGGGAGGUCAUGGCCUUUGGCGAAAGGCCUUACUGGGACAUGAGUAACCAUGAGGUGAUGAAGGCUAUCAAUGAGGCUUUUAGACUGCCGGCGCCGAUGGACUGUCCCUCAACCGUUUACCAGCUGAUGCUGCAGUGCUGGCUCCAGGAUCGCUCCAAGAGGCCGCGAUUUGGAGACAUCGUCAGCCUGCUGGACAAGCUGCUGCGGAGCCCAGACUCUCUGAAGACCAUUGCAGACUUUGACCCACGCGUAUCCAUCCGUCUGCCCAGCACCAGCGGCUCGGACGGUUCCCCCUUCAGGUCGGUUUCUGAGUGGCUGGAGUCUAUCAAGAUGAGUCAGUACAGUGAGAACUUCAACUGCGCUGGGGUUGUCACCAUGGAUCAGGUCCUGCAGAUGAAGAACGAAGAUAUUAAGAACAUUGGGGUGAGGCUGCCUGGCCAUUUGAAAAGAAUUGCCUACAGCAUCUUGGGUUUAAAGGACCAGACCAGCACCCUGAGCGUGUUUGCGGUGUGAUCCUGACAACAAAGGGAAUUAAAUUCGGGCACUGAAGCAGGCAGCCCUUUGAACUCUAAGCUGAGCUGGAGCGAAACUGCAGGGACGGCUUUGGACGGCAGGACCAAGAGAACUGUGCCAUCCUUUGGGGCCGACUAUAUCAGACUGACUUACUGUACAUUUUUGAUUGCUUCAUCUUCAUUCACACGGGAAUUGAACAAAUAUACAACAGUAGAUGUAUCAAGUAGACUGUAUAUUUAGAUAUCUAUUUUUAUUAUCCAUGUCUUAUAUAGAUACAAUUCAUUGCUCAUACAUUUUUUUCUUCAUUUCACAUUCUUGCUUCAUAAAAAUCAACAAUCAAGCCAGAACGGCUUCAACUUUACAAAAUUGCACCCUGACCUUGUAGCAUCCAGUAUCAAACAAACAAGGGAAGCACAGUAAGUGUGAUAGGAUGAGAGCAGUGGAGUCCAGUCCUGGCUCAGGUUGUGGUUGGUGCAGACCCGCAUGGCGUCUCCCUUUAAUGGGCACUUUGGUCCAUUUCCUGUUAGGCCAGUAAGGUUGGCGUGUUGAGAGGGCUGAAAUGAGCUUGAGUUGGCCCAAAAUUAAAGACGGUGUUGCUUAGGUGUAUAAACACAGAUGGACCUGGUGUUGUUUCUGGCCUUCUACUGGUUCCGUGCAGAAAUUAAGCUAUAAUUAUAGAAGUGAUGUUGUAUGAAAAAAAAAAAUAGAUAUAUAUGAGGUACUCUGUGUGUACAGAUUAACUUUUUUUGUUUCUUUGUGUUUGGGCAAUUACCAAAAACAUUGGAUUUAAAACUUAUAAUGUAGCACUUGGAUCAAGAAUCUCAUUGUCUUGGUUUGUCUCAGAAUUGCAAGAAAAAGGCGAUCACACAAAAUCCUGAACAAAAAGAGAUGGUAUCGAAGUGAGAAAUUGUGUGAAUGAAAUAAGUUUCAAUUAGAAUGCAAUACAUCUGUUUGUAGCACGGCAGUAAUGAAGAGGAAGAGGGUGAAGUUUGCCAAAAUGCAAAUGCCCCGGAAAAAAAAAAGAUUUAAUGAUGAUGAGUCUUGUUGUGGUUGAGAUGAUUUCAUACUAAAUAAUAAUUUGGUUUGCAAUUUCAAUGUGUCAUUUAGUUUUGUAGAGCUAUACAAAUAUUCAUUCAUAUUUUUGUUGGUUUGAGUAACAUGUUGACGGGAUGAAACUAUAUGCUUUGACAAUUAAGUGCUCGACUCGUUCCAGACAUUCGAAGACAUUUUAAAGUGCCUGUUUGUGGAACAUUAGCGGGAGUUUGCUUCUAUCUGUUUUAAUGAAGCAGCUCUUCAGUGUAGUGGGAAGUGUAUAGUGGACAGUUUUCCCAGUGCUCUUAAUUGAUGACUGCAAAUCAUUGUGUUACUGAUGUACACCUUCCUUUACUUGAAUAUUUACUUUAUUGUCUAAUGUAUCUAUGAUUCUGUUGUAGCUGAUAGAUCCAUCUUUGGAAAAGGGAUUAUUUUGUUAUUACUCUGGUUUACUGGUUGCAAUUACAUUUUGUACAUUUUGUAUGAUUUCACUCUUUACCAUAUUACCAAACUGAUUAUUUUUCUAAGUUCCCAUCACUUUUCAAAACAAUGUCUCCUACUUUUGCUGCCUUUCCAAACAUUUUGAGAGUUCAUUCAUCAAAGAGCAAACUCCUUCCUUUUUGCCUAUUGUUUUAUACUGUAUUUAAUAGCCUAUUUAUUUUUUACUUUUAUUUAUUUAUGCUGAUAAACACUGAGCUGGGAUUAUAAUUGAAGGUUGUUCUCUCAUUCUCAAUAAUAAAAAAGCUCUAAUGUCCCUCCUUUUAUUCCUGAAUUAUUCAAACCUGAGUUUGCCUUCAUUGCAUUUGUGCAGCAAUAAAGUCUUGAAUUGAA